GAUGCUCGAUAUUGGCAACAUCUGUCUCGCACAUGUUUUUUUCCAAAUUGUUGAUAAAUGCGUAAAAUCUCGUAGAGAAAUCAACUAAAAAUGGGCAAGGGAAAGAAAGCUUACAUUGAUCGGAAGAAAGCAGUCACAUUCCACCUUGUACAUCGGAGUCAACAUGACCCUUUGGUGACUGAUGAGACUGCUCCGCAGAGAGUGCUCUUGGAGGCUGGGGCCAGACAAAAACCAUCGCAAAGUGAAACCCCCAUUGAUCCUAGUAAGAAGCAGGAGGAGCUAAAGAAAUUUGGCAUCCACUUUGAUGAUGACUACGAUUACAUGCAACACUUGAAGAAGCGCGAGAAUGAUGUCGUGUGGGAGUACAUGGAGAAUCCGAAUCAGGCAAAGAAACGGCAGGGCGAUGAGUUGCCGUCGUCAUCAACAGCUCCCAAGCUCCAGUUGCCUAGUUCGGUGUUUGCCAGUGAAUUUGAAGAAUCUGAGGGCAUGCUGAAUAAGGCAGCUCCACAGUCGCUACGCCUGGACUGGGAUCCAGAUGUAAUGGCUGCUCUGGACAGUGAUUGUGAGAACGAUAAUGAGGAUUUGGAUGAUGAUUUUGUGGCGCAGGCCAUGGGCGAUGGCGAUGACGAUGAUGAAUAUAGCGACUAUGAGGAAGAGGAUGAUGAUGAUAUGGAAAUCGAUUCGGACAAUCUGAACGAAGAUGAAAACGAUGAUGAGCUGAUGGAUCGGCUGGCUCCGUUAAUGCGUGAACGAAGAUUCGAUGACGAGGAGGUCAAGUCUCGAUUCACUGAAUACUCCAUGUCUUCCAGUGUCAUACGCCGCAAUGAUCAACUAUCUUUGUUGGACGAUCGCUUCGAGAAGUUUUACGCAUCCUACGAUGAUCCCGAGCUAGGGGAUCUGUCUUUGGAGGACAUUGAGGGCAAUUGGCACCAGAAACAUCCCGUGGUCAUGCAAUGCUUCCAGGAAUUCAAGAAAAAGGACAAAACACUGGAAUACAAUAAGGAAUGGGAUCGAGAGCGCAUUGAAAAGUAUCGCAAUGUGGUGGAUGGUGAACAAGAUCCAACGGAUGAACUGAUCGAUUAUGAAGUAAAUGAUCCCAAAGAGAAGAAAUGGGAUUGUGAGUCUAUUUUGUCCACAUACUCGAAUUGUUAUAAUCAUCCCAAGUUAAUUGAUGAGCCGCGACGUAGUCGGCGCUCCAGUUCAAGCGCAAACGCCGUGCCCAUUCAGAUAGAUCCAAAAACAGGUCUACCCGCAAAUGUCUUACGCGGUGGCGUCGAAGGUCAAUUGACGGCCAAGGCCCUGGCCAAUUUGGAUGACAGUUCGCCAAAUGCAACUGGCCCCAAAUCUCUUUGUGCAAAAUCUGUCCUCUCCACUCUGAGCGUCCUGUCCAUACGACCAAAAGACGAGACGCCCGAGGAGAAAAAGGAAAGAAAACGUCUAAUAAAAGAUUAUAGACAGGAACGUCGCAUCGAGCGAAAGGCCAACACAGAAGCCUUUAAGGAGGAAAAGAAACGGCAGACCCAUGUUAAGAUCAAUCAACGCACGAACCAACAGGGUUCAACGAUUGUCUAGUUAUUUAUCAUUUCACUAGGUUUAAAUUUGAAUUGCAUAAACUAAUAUUUACAUUAAAGUGUAAACAUGUCCUUUUCUCUCUAA